UCUCAACGGUUGUUGAGCAUCUACCUACGGUACCUAGUCUUGUAAUAUACAGAUACUAGACUUUCGCGAUGAGAUAGAUGUCCGCCCAUCAGGCUUCAGGCAGAAGCUGAAAUUUUACAUGGCACUCAGCCCGCAUGAAUCGCACGACGUUAGCCACAGGAAUGCGCCGUGGCGUUGGCUGGGCCCGCGACCGAGCAUCUGUCAGUUAGGUCGGCGACUCCAUCGAAUCGUCGAUAAGUCCUUCCCCACAAUGCCAAGGGCCUAGUUACGGCCGGGGUGUAAGAAAUCGACGAGCUAGGGAGUUACGCUGGAAAGUGCAGACCUGAAACUUACGAGCGCACCGAGCCGGCCGCAAAAACGAAUCUGGUGCCACAUGAUGGGUACAUACCGGAGCUGGCGUGGAUGGUAUGUAUGUGCCCUACCUACAUACCCGAAGACUGCUUCCGCGGGUGGCCUAGACAAGCCUGCAUGCUCCCGGUGGCGGCUUUCAUGGUUCUUUGCACUUCACAUCGGCCUCGUGGAACAGGAUGCUCCGUCUUGCCACCGGAGCAGGACACACAGACGAGAAUUGAGCACGGCCGCGCGUUGGAAAUCGUGCAGAAGAAUAGGAACAGCCGUCACAGACUGUUGCAGAGGACCAGGAACUAACUACCGCCACAGUCCGGUGGGGAGGAUCAGGAACUACCGUCAACCAGGAACAGCCGCCACAGUCCGUCGCGGAGGAUCAGGAACUACCGUCAACCAGGAACAGCCGCCACAGUCCGUCGCGGAGGAUCAGGAACUACCGUCAACCAGGAACAGCCGCCACAGUCCGUCGCGGAGGAUCAGGAACUACCGUCAACCAGGAACAGCCGCCACAGUCCGUCGCGGAGGAUCAGGAACUACCGUCAACCAGGAACAGCCGCCACAGUCCGUCGCGGAGGAUCAGGAACUACCGUCGCAGUGUUCCGCGUCACAUAUAACUAUACGCCACAAAUCCCGAAGAAUGCAGACUGCCGUGCCAACCUUCCAUCGCCCGCGGAGAAUUGAUUAUUGAACGGGCUGAGCCCAGCGUCUGCCAGCACGCGUCAGCUGACCCGCACCCCUGUCGAUUUGGCGAUUGGUCCCAUUAGCCGCAACACCGUCUCGAAUCCUCCGAUCCAAGCUAAUCCCCGCGUCGUUCUGGUCGGCGACUUCUCGUCUCGCACGUCAUGCUCGCUGGGCAAUUAGUUACGUACUUGUAACCGCCAGAGACAAGGCCCAGCAACCAGCAAUUGCGUGCAAAUCCUAUCAUACGG